CGCUGGGCUGCAUUUUUUUCGAGUUCCCUUUAUAAAAAAAGAGGUGACUGUGCUGGGAACACUCUCGACACACUGACAGAGAAAGAAUGAGUGAAGGAAACACGGUGAUCUUGGAGACCUCAAUGGGGGCGAUCCAUAUCGAGCUUUAUACUAAGCAUGCCCCAAAAACUUGCAAGAACUUUUAUGAACUCGCUCGACGAGGUUACUAUGACGGCAUCAGCUUUCACCGUAUCAUCGAGAACUUUAUGAUUCAAGGUGGUGAUCCUACGGGCACUGGUCGAGGCGGCUCGUCGAUCUAUGGAGACAAGUUUGAGGAUGAGAUUCAUUCUGACCUGAAGCAUACAGGUGCUGGCAUCCUCAGUAUGGCUAAUUCCGGACCAAACACGAAUGGCUCACAGUUUUUUAUCACUUUGGCACCAACGCCUUGGCUCGAUGGAAAACAUGCGAUUUUCGGUCGGGUGAGCGAUGGCAUGAAUGUGGUAAAGAGAAUGGGAUUAGUGCCAACGGAUAGUACAGACAGACCCAAGGAUUCUGUUCGCAUCAACAAGGCUCGUGUGGAAUAGACACAAUAGAUACAAUGAACAAGAAGAAGAAGAAGAUGAUGAUGGAUAUUAAUAAAGAGGUGUUGUUGCAUUGUGAUGUUUUUGUACGUUUUCUCCCUUUUGAAAAGAAAGCUCAGUUUGAGAUUUCAUAGGUGAGUAGAAUAAUGGAA